AUGACUGAAGCGGUGCGCGAAUUCGUCCAGCACUGUGCCGCAUACAUCACUGCCCUUGAGAAGCGGCUGGCAGACACCGAGGCUGCACUCUCCGCAACACUCACUGUCGUCCAAAACCAAGACUUAAUAUUGUUGAACGACGUUAGGCUUCCAGAUCCAUCAUUGCACGCGCCAAAGCGACAAGGCUCAAAAGCAGAAAAGCUUGAAGAAUGGAAGCGCCUGCCUUUGCAGACGACCGAGCAGUUGACAGCUUGGCUACAAGCACAGUGUCGCGAGACGGCAGCCCCGGAAGUAUUUCCGCCGAGACACAGCAAUAUCGUCCCUGAUAACGACGGAGCGCGCAAGACAUCCAGGACAGCCGAAGGUCGACCGAAUAGUGGUGCGCACGCUUCUCGCCAGAUACCCGGCGAUACAUCCCCACCGGUGUCAGUCCUGCAGCAACUGGAAGACUGCGAAAUGCCUAUAGCACCGAACAUGCAGCGAGCUCCCACUGAUCCAGCAAGAUGGCACGAAAACUACUUCUAG